AAAUAAGUGCAGCACAGAGCACACACACACCGCCGUCGUCCUUGUAGCUAAUCUAGCACUAGCGGUGAUAGCUAGAUGGCGAUGUUGAGCUCCUACACCCUCCUUAGCCGGGCGCCGGCGCCGGGACCAAAGUUCUCUCCACCAGCCGCCGCCACCGCCACGCUGCAGCUCCGCAAACAAAUGUCACCGCCGGCGGUAGCGUCGUCUGUAGUGGCUCUGCGUUGGGCCUCAUGCAAGGAGUCCCGCCGGUCUCCUCUCUUCGUGUGCCACGCGCAGGGUGAUAACAAGUACAAGUACGACAUCCAACCCAGUGCUCUGCAAAAUGCUCCCAAAUCAGCGUCAGCGGGCAAAGACUGGAAUGUGAUGGGAGACGAGGACCUGGUCAUCCUCAAGUUGAGGGUGGGAGAGGUGGCCAAAGAUAAAGUGGAGGUUGGCACAACGACGGACACACACCUGGUGAUCAAAUACACGGGUGACAUCAACGACGAGACCCAGGCGAGUAAGCUCAACGUCCCACUGGCGCUGCCUCCCGGCUAUGACGGUAGCAAGGUGCAGGCCAGGUGGUUUGACGGCUGGCUGGUUAUUCUUAUCGCCAAGCCUAAGAACGGUCCCGAAAAGACAGAGACCAAGCAGAUAGACAAAAAGAUAGACAUCCUCUCUUGAACAAUAAAAGUAGUAAUUAAGGCAAUAAUGAAGUAAACAGUGUUUAUUGAUAGCAAAACCUAACUCUAUGUGUUACAUUUUUUUUUGAAAGAUCUGGUUGCUCAGCUUUGUAUUAAAUAGGUAGAAGAAGCAAAAGUCACUACAAAUAUGAGAAGCGCUACUCCCCGCAGCCUAAGCUACGGGGAGUUGAAAGAAAAAAUAAUGGUCUUAUUACAUA